UGAGAAGAUUUUGGGGCAGCUAUGGCGUCCGCGCUCGCGAGAAUCUCCCAGCUCCCGCAAUUGCCAGGAUUUCCUUCCUCGCGAGGGAUGAAGAAAUCUCUCCUCCACGCGAAUGCCCUAGCUCGAUCGCCUCGAAUUAGGUCAGCGGCAGCGGGCAUGGAGGUUGAGGUGAAGCUCACGCUCCCGGACGAUCGAUCGCACGCCCGGCUCGCGGAGAUCCUCUUGCCCUACUUCAAGAUCAAGCACGAGCAGGAGAAUCUCUUCUUCGACGGUGCCAAUGCCGAGCUCUCGGCGCGGCGCGCGGUUCUUCGCCUGCGCUUCUACAACGGCGAUGCGCGCUGCGUGGUGUCGCUCAAGGCGCGCGCGAUCCUGGAGAAUGGUGUGAGCCGGGUGGAGGAGAGCGAGGAGGAUCUGGACGCCGCCACCGGCAGGGAAUGCGUGGGCGAUCCAUCCAAGCUCCCGGCGGUGACCAGCGCGAUCGUCCAGAGAGUGGUGCGCGAAUUCGGGGUCACGGAAUUCGUGUGCCUGGGGGGAUUCAAGAACACGCGCCAGGUUUUCGAGUGGGAGGGCGAGAAGCUGGAGCUGGACGAGACGCGCUACGCGUUUGGGACAGCGUACGAGGUGGAGUGUGAGACGCCGGAUCCGGAGAGAGUGAGGGCGAUGCUCGAGGAGUUCUUGGGCGUCCAUGGGAUUCCUUUCUCACACUCGGUGGCGUCCAAGUUUGCGGUGUUUCGAUCUGGAAGGCUGCCCAGCGAUGAGAUGAUGGAAUGAGAGAGAAGAACUGUUUUAUUAAAUAAAAUUUAGGGUUCUUCAA